CCGCGCGCGUCUCCGGAGCUUGCUUAAGGUCUGUGUGGCGUUCAUGCCAUGGCAGCUGAGCCAGACGCUGAUUGGGAGGAGCUUGCUUCAACCGGGCUGCCUGGCUUGAGCAUAUCGGACCGUCCGGCCGCAGCAGCUCAAGCGCAGCCUCAGUCACAGGGAUAUGGCGAUGGCGGUGGUAGCGACGUGGCCAAACCUGCCACGCCGCCUCAUGUGGAUGGCUUGUCACAUCAGCAAGGGGCGCCGCACCAGCCCAGCGCCGAGGUCGAGCCAGUGGACGCUGCGGUGCGACAGGCGCUGGCCGACCCAGCCCAGCGCCAAACAGUUCUCAAGUGCGAAGAGCUAAUCGAGAAGUUCCUCGCCGACCCGGUCGCGGAGACGCUGCAGUUCCCAGCAGCCUUCUCAAGCUACCAGCGCAUGCUGGCGCACCGGGUCGGUCAAUACUACGGCUUGCAAACGAGCACCGUCGACUACGAGGAGUCCCAGGGGCGCGUUCUUGGCAUUCGAACAGCACAUUGUCACGUGCCCAAGCCGCGGCUGCGCGAAAUGGAUUUGCGAGCAGAGGCCAUGGCGCUCAGGCACGGUCAGAGUCUGAACGGGCUGGGUGGUGGGCCGGGUUUCUCGGCCGCUGCACCUGACCACGGCCCUAAGCCGCGGCUCUUGCGGCGUCAGGACGAUGACCGCGUGGCCCAAAGCAGCUCGGAGCACUCGCUGAACCAGUCGCCGGCACGCACGUUAAAGGAGCGGCAGGAGAAUUAUUCCAAGUACCGCGAGGAGCUGGGGCUGGGCGAGGGGCUUGGGCCUGGGCGGGGCCCGGGCCGGGGCAGCUACGGCGGCCGCGGCGGCUAUGGCUCCGGCCCUCGUGGCGGCGGCAUGGAGGGCGGCAUGGGCAUGGGCAUGGGUCGCGGCGGCGGACGCAAAGCGGUGUUCCGGGACAAGGACCGCGACCUGAGCGACCCCGACUACCGCCGCGGCAUGGGCAGGUUCAGCGGCACGGCCCGUUUCGAUCCCUCCGCCGCCGCUACCGUUCCGGCCGGUGGUAUCUACCAGGUCCCCACUUACUCCACGGAGUUUCCCACGCUCAACCGCAUGGCUGGUCAGGGGCCCGGUGCGGCACCCAUGCAGGCUGGGCGGUCCAUGAUGCAAGCCGGUGGCCAGGUCCAGAACGCCGUACUGAUGAGUCCUGCGGCGCCACAGAUGGGCAUGGGGGGUGUCGCCGGCGGUAUGGGCCAGGCCCCGCACCAAAUGCAAGUGCAGGCGGGGCCAUCCGUCGGGCAGUGGAGCCAGGUCUCCCAGCACCAGGCACAGCAGCAACAGCAACAGCAGGUGCAACAGCAGGUGCAACAGCAGGUGCAACAGCAACAGCAGGCUCAACCACAGCAGCAGGGGCGUGGAGGCAUGCGACCACCACCGCCGCCACCGCCGCCGCACAGUCACGGCAAUGUGGCGCCUGGCGCCGGCGUGGGCGGCGGGAUGGGGAAGGGUAGCCACCAGCAGUAUGGCGGCGGUGGCUCCAUGGGUGGCCGGAGCCAGCAGCAACAGCAACAGCAGAUGCAGCAACAGCAGCAACAACAGCUCAUUGCUGGUCAGGCGAACAUGCAGCAGGCGCAGCAGCAGCAACAGUUCAGCCAUGCCAUUGCCGCAGCGCCGUACGGCACCAUGAGUGGGCAGUACGGGGUGCCCAUGACGGUCACGCCCGCUGGCUUCAUGUCGGCGGCCUCGCCCCACGCGGGGCAGCCUGUGUUUGGCAUGACCACAUCUGGCGGCGCGCUGCCGGCUGGGACCACCGUGUAUGCGGCGGCACCUGCCCCGGGCGUGGGCGGCACCGCCUUCUACCCCGCUGCUGGCAUGAGUCCCAUGGGCGCCAUGGGCAUGGGCACUGUGAGCAUGGCGGUGCCGGCGGGGGGCGCCUACGGCUAUAUGACGGCGGCGCCUGGUCCCGGCAUGGGCGCCAUGCAGGUGGCCACCUCGGGCGGGGAGGCCAUUGCGCUGACGCCGCAGGGUGCCGUGGGGGUGCAGUACCCCGUGUACGCCUACAACCCGGCCGGCACCGCGGUGUACCCGGCCGCCGGGGUCACAACCACCCAAAUCCAGGGUGCGGCUGGGGCGGCGCAGAUCCCGAUGCGGCCCGUGUACGGUGUGCCCACCUUCUACCAGCAGUACGACCCCUCGCAGUACACUGCCAUACAGCAACAGCAACAGCAGACCGGCGGCAUGCAGAGCAUGGGCCAGGGCAUGCACGGCAUGGGCAGCGCCGGUGACGGGCGCGGCUACGGUGGCGGCUACGGCAGUGGCGGCGGCGUCCACCACCAGCAUCAGCAACAGCAACAGCAGCACCACGCAGGUAGCGGCGGCGGCUAUGGAAGCCACCACCACGGCGGCAGUGGCAUGGGCCAUGGCGGCGGCGGGCGGCACCGGGACUCGGACAACGGUGGCGGGCAGGACCUGAAGUGACAUGGCCUGUGCGGAUGGCCGCCUGGAGCGCUCGCGUCAUUUUUGUUAAGCUCCAGCUAACUGCGGGGCUGAAGGCUAAGCUGCUCUUGGACGCGGAUGCCGAUGCCGCGGUGCGAUGCUUCCUGUUGUGGGUACCCCGGGGGCGGGUGAUGCUACAUUGGCAAGCAGCACGCCCUCUGAGUAAGCCCGACGCGCUUAGAAGCACGCGGUUAAUCAAGGAAAUCCAACCAUUACAAAUGAAGCUGUCAAUGUGAUGUGGCUAAGCUAAUUGGCCUUCCUGAGAACUGGCUUCACUUCGCUGCAUCAGCCCACCCCUUGUGGGCGCGUCCUGCUCGCAGCCUGGCUGAUUUUAUCAGAACAUAUGCGGCCGUUUUGCUGCUUGUUGUUGGCGCGCAAACGUGGGUGUGUGUGGCGUGGCAGUCUAGCCAUGUGAAGGUAGGAGUCGUGUCUGGGAUGUAACCGGCUUCCUAUGCUCAGCGAAAGGUGGUACUGAUGCAUUUGGGGCUUUAAUCCUGUCUGCCGGGCUCCCGGUACGGGCGUACACCCGCACUGGCGUAAGUUUGCGCUGCGUAGCUUAGCUCGAAAUGUGUGGCGCGCAAUGUCACGUUCGGCAAGCGCGUCGUGUAUGGCCAAGAUGGCUGGGCUUGUGACGCCAUCAAGAGCCCAUCAGCAUCUCUUCAUCCGUGGGCCUAGUGGUGCCGGGCGACAAUGCUUGAGCAUGUGCGUGAGGUGCGUGUCGUCUGUCUGUAACGUCACUUGGGGGCCUUGUGUGUCUAGUGAGUGUGCGUGUAGGUGUAUUGGCGGCGUGUGACCGUUUAUGUGUUCAGGUGUGAUGGGGGUUAUCAAAUGUGCACAGCUUGGAGUGUGUGGCUAUCAAGAGUGAAUUGCUGGUUGUGGGCGCGAUGAGCGCGUGAGUACCGUAUAUGCUGCGUUGGCGUGGUGGAGUGUGUGGCGGGCGUCUGUCCAGUAUGUGUACUGCGCGGUGCGAAUGGGGGUUAUAAUUUCGUUUGACCGGUCGACAGUGCACCUGCCACGAUGCCUGCCCUCGGUACGGGAUGGUUCGUGGCAGCGGUGGGUGGUGAACAAAUGGCGGCCUGGCAGGGGAUGUGGGUGGGUGGCACGGUAAUGCGUGUAUUGGGAGAGUAAGUUGCGACUGCAUCAGAGUGCAGAGGUCGUGAGCGUUGUGUGGGAGCCAGCGGAGCAUCAGCGCGCGCCAACUGGCGGAGGAGGACUAGGAUGUACGUGGAUGUCGGACGUGCGCAAGAGGGGUUUGGCUCGGGGCAUCUACUGGCGCGUGUCGGCGCACAGCAGCCAGGGAUCCACGGGGCAAGUUGGCGAGGGCUCGCAGUACAGUGGUGAAGGCGUUGAGACGGAGUGCGGCCAGGCGCCGGUGCAACACGUGAACUGGGCUGCAAUAGAUCAGACUUGCGGUAGAGAAGCAACUUAAUUCUUCCGAUUAUUCACGCCGGGGUGUCCGAAGUGGUCUUGCGAGUGUUUGACGCAGUCCUGCUGCUGUGAGCGGCGGGAGCUGUAAUUACACAGCCCCGCCCUCCCCGCCAGCGAUUAGAGGCUUACUUCACAUCACGUCACAUCAGCCUGCCCACGAAACGUUCUGCCGGCCCACGAAACCGACACCAAACAAUUUUAGGCACUGUAUGGGUGCACGUGCUGCAACCAUAAGGCGGUCCGUUCACUGAAUUGUAGCCGCUCCGUGCGGGUGGGGCACGGCGCCUUGACUGGAUGCGGGAUGAUGUGUUACGGGAUUGGGAGUGUGCGCUCCUUCUCCACGUAACGCGACUACCCGAGCCCCGAGGGCUCCUCGUCCCACCGCCCACCGGUCUGACCCAGUGUUUCAUGCACACGCCGUGUUGAAGUACUCGACCUCAGAAGCCUAGAGGGAUGACACGCCCCCUCCAUCAGGACCUUGAAGUUAGCGGAGCGAGCUCCGGCUGAUCUGGGUGCAGUUAACCCGCUCGGGAGGGGUAGCGGGCCUCACCGCAGGUGGGUCCGGGGCUAAUCCAGGCUAGCCGGCGACCCGCUGGGCUUUGCAGCCGUUCUCACCCAAGCUUUGCAGCCGUUGCCUUAAAGUUAACCCACGGCUAACCCACUGGAGCUGGAUGAGAGCGGCCAAAACCGCGAGUGUCAUCCACGGCGUCAUCCCUCCGAGAAGCCCAGUACGUCGCGUCCAGAUUGCCAGCAAACAAACGGCCAGCCACGGUGGUCUGCCAACCUCAAAGCCAACUGCAUGUCUUCUACCCCAUAGAACCAGCAAAGUCGGGGUUGGGCCCUGAUAGCAUGUGAUGGCUCGGCGUCUUCGGGAGCUGGGACUGUCCCCUCUGUAACAUCCGCAUCCA